GUCAACAUGGCGUCGCAAGAUGAAGUUGACGUAUGUGAAAGUUGGGAGGAUAUGGACGAAAUUGGUUUAGACCAAAAGAUCCAGCUAAUGUCAAGUGUCCCAUCAACGACAACAUUGAAAAGUUGCAAGGUUACUAACGUAAUAGUGGAGGAUAACGCGUGUAUAGGCUCCCAGUGCAUGAUGCCAGAGCCAGCUAUCCGUAUAUUAAAGCGGCCGUCUUCUAUGUCGAGCGGCCAGAACGGAGAGAACCGUGCCCGUCCUGUAAAAACUUUAGAACAAAGACAAAAAGAGUACGAAGAGGCCCGUUUGCGAAUACUUGGGGAGGCUCGGAGCCCAGAAGACGUCAUUGACGAUAACCUGGGCCGUUUACAAGACAAGCUACAAGCUAACAAUAUAAACGACAACCCAAAGUCGACAAAGAAUUGUCAGAACGACAAUGCCAAAGGGAGAGAGAAGAAGGUUCUGGCUCGGUUGCCUCCUGGAGCCACGGCAUCUGGUAUUUUCCCCUCCCCUCCCCCACCAGGUGUGCUGGUGAUAAGAACCCCCCGAGGGCCUGAUGGCACAAAAGGUUUUGUGCGGAGGUAGCAUUACCUGAUAAUAUUAUUUAAAAUGUAACAUAAUUUCGACUGGUAAUGCAUUGUGCCUGGUUUUACAAUUUCUGUAAGUAUCUAAGACUCUCGUCUAUACAUAUAAUAAAUCUGUAGAAGGGUCAAUUCUGUACAUUGAAAAUAUUGAAAAAAUAACUAGCAGGGGGUGUUACUGGAUCGAUACCAAACCCAAAUAUGUGAUU